ACAAUACACUGCGCCGUUCGCCACUGUUCCUCCCAGUCCCAGUCUCAGUCCUUCUUCAAGCAGCAGACAGGGCGCGGAGAGGAGGGACUAGGGAGGGUUCUAGAACCUUCUAGAAGUGAACACUCCUUGCCGGGGGCAGCUCCUGUUGCUCUGCGCCUUCUGCAGCGUCUUUGUUCCGCCACUCCUGUUCCUGAGCUCCUCCACUCCACUCAAGUGCUCUCAGAAGGCGGCCGCGGCGGCAGACGAUAGAGAGCACCAUUCGCCGCCUCACCAUCCUCCUGCUCGCCGCCUCCGCCUCCUCCGCCCCGCUCAGAAUGGUGAGGGAUCACGCCGCGCUCCGCCGAACUCCGGCGAAGGCUUCCGCCUCGGAAGCCGGCAACGACGAGAACUCGCCGGGCGUCGUCCCAGAUGUCGCGGCCGUUGGCGUCGCCGUCGCCGCCACGGACCCCGGCCGCCCUCCGCUGCUCGCUAUCCAGCCGCCGGCGUCCGGUCUGAAGCGGAAGCCCGAGUCGCCGGCGCCGACGCCGUCCAAGCUCCCGUUCCGGACCCCCGAGAAGGCCGCCACGCGGAGCCGGUUCGGCUGGGUCCCGCCCCGCGCCGACGAGGCCCCACCGCGGGUCGGCGUGGGGGCAACCCCGCACUGCGCGAUGACCACGCCCCGUGCGCAUCGGGGCAAGGCGGUGACGGUGGCGCCGGCGGCCUCCGAGGGCGGGUCCACGCACAGCACGCCCACCAAGAGCGUCACCAAGCCGGCGCACAGCAUUGGGGCGAGCGGGUCGAGGCCGCCCAUGAGCGGUGGCGGGCCCAGGGGGGCAGGGUUUGGCCUGGGGUUCACCAUGGCGGGGAGGGGACCGCCGACGUCACUUGGGCCGCCGACGGUGGUGAAUUCCGUGGAGGUGCCUCAUUUCGAGCUCCGAGAGGACCCCUCCUUUUGGAUGGACAACAAUGUGCAGGUCGUCAUCCGUGUGCGCCCGCUAAAUAAUAACGAAAAGAACCUGCACAGUUAUUACCGAUGCUUGAAACAAGAAAGUGCGCAGACUAUCACUUGGAUUGGGCAGCCCGAAACUCGUUUUACAUUUGACCAUGUUGCUUGUGAAGCAGUGGAUCAGGAGGUGCUCUUCAGAGUUGCUGGUUUACCAAUGGUUGAGAACUGUAUGGCUGGAUACAACAGCUGUGUGUUUGCUUAUGGACAGACCGGAAGCGGAAAAACAUAUACAAUGCUUGGUGAAAUAAGCGAUCUGGAAGUAAGGCCUAGUCCAGACCGAGGGAUGACACCACGCAUUUUUGAGUUCUUAUUUGCCAGAAUUAAAGCGGAAGAAGAGAGCAGGAGAGAUGAGAAGCUCAAAUACAGUUGCAAGUGUUCUUUCCUGGAGAUAUAUAAUGAACAAAUUACAGAUCUUCUUGAUCCUUCUGCCACAAAUCUCCCACUCCGAGAAGAUAUAAGGAAUGGAGUGUACGUCGAAAAUUUGACUGAAUUCGAAGUUGGCUGUGCCAGUGACAUAAUAAAACUCCUGAUGCAGGGUUCUGCAAAUAGAAGAGUGGCUGCUACAAAUAUGAACCGUGAGAGUAGCCGCUCCCACAGUGUUUUCACCUGUAUCAUUGAGAGUAGGUGGGAGAAGGAUUCAGCAUCCAACUUACGGUUUGCAAGAUUAAAUCUGGUUGAUCUUGCUGGGUCUGAAAGGCAGAGGACAUCUGGAGCAGAAGGUGAGCGGCUGAAGGAAGCUGUUAAUAUUAACAAAUCGUUAUCAACACUUGGCCUUGUGAUAAUGAGUUUAGUUGAUCUAGCGCAUGGCAAACAAAGACACAUUCCAUAUAGGGACUCAAGAUUGACAUUCCUUCUCCAAGAUUCACUUGGAGGGAACUCAAAAACUAUGAUCAUUGCAAAUGUCAGCCCUUCAGUAUGUUCUGCUAACGAAACACUCAGCACCCUGAAGUUUGCUCAGCGUGCAAGGCUCAUUCAGAACAAUGCGGUUGUUAAUGAAGACGCUUCAGGAGAUGUGCUAGCUUUACAACAUCAGAUACGUCUCCUAAAGGAGGAGCUUGCUGUCCUCAAGCGUCAACAUGUCACUAGAUCUUUAUCCUUCUCAGCUGAUGUUUUUGGAGGUGAUGUUGAUGAUGGUAGUGAAAACAUGAGUGUGGAUGACAAGAAUGAUAAUAAAGCCCAUAACGGACACUUUUUGAAAGAUAUACGAUUUUCAAAUAAGCAGGUGAGGUCACUGGAAGAAGCACUUGCCGGAGCAUUACGGAGAGAAUCAACUGCAGAAAAUACUAUAAAGGAACUUGAACUUCAAAUUGAGCAGUUGAAUGAAUUGGUUCGACAAAGAGAGGAUGACACAAGAUCGGCUAAGAUGAUGCUUAAGUUUCGGGAUGAUAAGAUUCAUAGAAUGGAGGUUCUUGUGAACAGUAAAUUGCCAGCACAAUCAUAUCUACUGGAGGAAAACAAAACCUUAUCACAAGAAGUUGAACUUCUUAGGGAAAGAGUUGAUAAAAAUCCAGAAGUAACUCGUUUUGCACUAGAAAAUAUUCGUCUCUCAAGCCAACUGAAGAGGUCCCAGCUCUUCUUCAACGAAGGGGAGAGGGAGCUUCUAUUGAAUGAAAUUUCUGAGCUUCGAAAUCAGGUUUCACAAAUACUUGAACAGAGGACAGAAACCGAGCAACAAAAUACCUUUUCUGACAAAACUAAGUUGAAAAGGACCAGCCAAGAAGUAGAAACAUGUAGAAGCAACCGUCAAGUUUGCUUAGAAUCGAACAUAGCACUAACAAGGGAAAUAGCUGAUCUUGUGGAAGAGAAAACAGCCCAUGCGGAAGCUGAGGAAAAACCAGCUGGUUUAGGUGACAAACUGCAAGAAGCAAACAUACAUAUCCUCCAAUCGUGUAAGCAUUGUGAGGCAAUGGAAAGAGAAUUGAACGAGUCAAGAUCUCUUAUUGAAGCUCUUGAAUCACAGCAGAUUAUAUUGAUAAACGAAAUAGCUGAACUUAAGAAGGGGUGUGUCGAAAUCUCAAGGUUGAACAGUGAACUUGACCUCCACCAUAGGCAGGAUUACUUGACCAAAGAGGAGCCCAAAGCGGAACUUCUUAAGUGUUUCGGUAAAGAAGAUUCACCUUUGCAGAGGAAGUUUAAAAGAAUGCAAGCUUCACUUGAAAAGGCACGGAACCUAAAUACAAGGUACCAAAUAGAUCAGGCAUCACACUGUUUUGCUGAGAAAGAAAUGGAUGAAGUUCGUAAACAGGUUGAGGUUGAAACAGCUAAGGUGAUUCAAUGCUUAGAAGAAGAUCUGAUAUCAGUCCAACAGCAACUAAAUGCAAGCAACAAAAAUGACUUGUUAGCCAAACAAAGCAUAAAUGAACUUCAACUAGAAAUCAAGCAGUUGAAUGAUAAGUUACUUGAGGUGUUGAAAGAGAACGAAAUAUUUUCUUCUGUGACCAAGGAAAAAGAAAAGGAAAUUGAACUAUUGUCCAAUGACUGGAACAGAUUAGCUGCCGACAUUGGAAAAUGUCUUGUGGAUGGAAAUGCAGCUUUAGGUGAAGCUUCUGAUCAGGUUGCCUUUAUUUCCAAAUCUUUAUCUCAAAGAAAAUGGAUCGAGAAACAAGUUCGAAAGCUGUGUAGUGGUAUAUCUGAAAGAGAUGAGCUACUCGAAGAGCUUCAGAACAGGUUGAAAGAGGCAGAUGAUAUAAGACGUGACUUAGACUUGAAAUUAAGGUCCUUAAGAGGAGCAAUGCAGGUUGUAAAUGAAGAGCAUCAGCAGGAAAAAUGUGAUCAAGAAAAAGAAAUAUAUUUUCUAAGAUCACAAAUAUCUGAACAAGGACAUGUAAACAAUCACCAACUAGAAGAAAUUCACAGAAUAAACCUAUUGUUGGAUGAAUCAAUUGAGACUUUUGUACAGAAGGAGGUUCUGCAACAGACCUGUGUUUCUUUACAAAAGGCAAUGGGAGAAGAGAUUCAUCGUCUGGAGUCACAAUUAGACCAGUCAAAGAUACAUUUUGCUCAUUUAUUGAAUCAGACUCAGGAAAAGGAACAGCUUAUUGGGAAGCUUAAAAAUGAAGAGUUAAAUGUUUUGUUAAGACUGAUGUCAGAAGUUCUAAAGACAAACAGUACUGUACGUGAGCUUCGAAUUGGAUUCAAUACAUUGCAGUCAAGCCUUUAUAUGAGCCCUGAAGUGAUCGCCUGUCAAAAUUCAGAUUUGAACUUAGAGGAUCGGGUCGACCUUAGGGCCAAUGAAGCGUUCCAAUCUGUGGAGCGGCAAAAUGCUGAGGUUCUUUGCCAACAUAGCAAAGAAAUGGAGCUUGCAGUUCAAGGAAUGCAGAUAAUGCAGUCUCAAAUGACUAAACUUCUUCAAGAAAAAGAAAAUGCGAAGGAGUUUAAUUUGGAGAGUCAAAGAACAAUUAAAGAUCUAAGUGAUGAGGUCCUUAGAUUGAAUUCACAUAUAAUUGAAAAAGAAAGAUCCUAUGAAGCUAAAUUGGAAGAGCUGAAUACAAAAAUCCACGAACACGAUGCAUCAUUUAUUUCAUGGAAUGAAGAGAACGAGGCACUUCGAAUUGAGGUUUCGGAGGCAAAACUUGUUGUGGCCCAGAAAUCUUUUGAGUCUGCAACUCUUACAGCCAAAUUUGAAGAAGCGCAGGCAACUAUAAGAGAUGCAGACUCUACGGUCAAGGCAUUGGUCGAAGCAAACGAAAAGGCAAAAUUCGAAGCAGAUAAGUAUGAAGAGAAGGAGGCUUUGUUUAGUGCUGAAACAGAAAGCAUGCUAAGUGAAAUUAGUAGUCUGAAAAUGCUGCUGGAUAUGAAGGAACAAAGUUACAAGCUUAUGGAAAAGCAAUUCCAGUCAGGCUUGCUUGAAGCAAAUGAGCUAGCUCUUGAGCUGGAAGAUGGCAUUAGACUUACGCAGAAUUUAUUACAGCAGAAGCUUGAGUUUGUUUCUUCUGAUGUUGAGUGGAUGAAGGAAAGGGUCCAGCAGUUUGCAGGGUUGACUAGAAAAUGGUUAGAGGAGAAUUGGCUGGAGAUAAUUGGCAAAGAUUGUGCUAUCUCUGUGUUGCACCUCUGUCACAUGGAGAUUCUUUUGGAGAGAAUCACUGGGUUGAAUGCAGAAAAUGGUUUCCUUCAGCACGGGCUGUGUGAAUCUAAUUCUUUGAUAUCUAAACUGCGAGAGCACAAUGAAAAAGCCAAGAAUGAACUGGAGAUGUGCAGUGUUCUCAAAGGGAAAUUAUUACUUGACAUCAACCAUAGUUUUAGUCGUAUUGCUAAGAAGGAACAAGAAGCAACCGAGUUGAACUCGAGAUUAGAUUCUUUUGAGAAGAAGAUUCUGCAUUUGCAAGCACAAGAAGAAGCAAUGGUGGAACGGUCAAAUUCAAUGUACAGUGAGCUCUCCAUUUUGAUUGAAGAGAUUGAUGCUACAAAUAGGAGUGCCUUGGCAGCUGAAUCCAAAGAAAAGGAAGAACUACGCCACCAACUGGAUGAAGCUUUGUUUGUCAGUGAAAUGUUGAAGGAUAAAAUGCUUGUAGAGUUGAAUCUGCUUCAAACAAAUAACUACAAACCUUUAAAUAAUAUUCAAGGCUGCAAUGAAUUUGAGCUGUGCAAUUCACUUGCAGAUUAUCGAAGUGAUUUAAUGAUAACCGGUAUUAUCACAAAGGAUAUUGAGUCUACUGUUUUGGCUUUGGAACUGAAGCAACACAAACUACAGCUGCAAGAGCAACGAGUUAUGUUUACCGAUGUCCUUGAAGAAUUGAUGGCACUGGCAGAAGCAACUCUAUGGAAAGUGAACCAGCAUUUGGAGAAUAUUGCAAUCUGCACUUUACAUGAGGAGAACAAUGAGGCAAGGGUUGAUUUGGAGAACCUGAAGCAAAAUUGUGAAGAAAUUAUGAAAAAAUUGCAUGCCAUGAACGAGGAAAACACAACACUUAAAUGUUUAAUGUCCUCCUUCCAAACAAAUUUGGAUGCAAAAAACAAAGCUUUGAUGGAGUUGGAAUGCUCUCAUGCAACCAUAUGUACGGAGCUGGAACUGACAAUUGAUGCCAUGAAUCGCAGAAGUACUAGAGAAAAUUAUUUCAUUUCUGAAAAUGAAACGUUGAAGCAGGAAAUUCGGAAUAUUUUGUGCAAGGAUCAGUGCAUGGUUGAAUUAAUGGAUAACAUUGAAGCAGAUAAGUUAUUUUCCACCAUUGAAGGUCGCUUGCAAUUGGUUACUGAUCAUGUGCACAAUUACAUUACUGAGCAAAUAAACACGAUGAGCAAGUUAUCCAAUGACUUAGACAUUAUCGAAGUAUCAGCCCAGGAGUUAAGCACACAGAAUUCACUUCUCAAGUCCGAAUUAAUCAGAAAAGAGGAAUUAACAAAGGGCUUAUCAUUUGAUCUUAGCCUGUUACAAGAGUCUGCAUCUGUAGCGAAAGAUCAAGCAGCUGAGAUUACAGGGUUGAGAAAAGUAAUAAAAUCUUUGGAACUAGAGCUUGCAUCUAAGUCGCUUGAACUUGAUGAUGUUGUUUCUGAUAGGCAACAAUUGGAAGCAAUGAUUUUGAAGUGUAAUCAAAAUGUUGCUGCCCUAGAGGAGGAGCUGGGAAAGAAGAUUGAUGAAUUAAACAUAGUUUCUAUGGAGAAUGCUGAACUAAAAUCGCAGAUCCAGCAUAUUGAAGAGAUUAGUUGCACUAUGGAGGAGUUAGCUGAUAAAAGUGAAGUAAUUAGAAGACUUGAAGAAAAGUUGAUUGAAUCAAGAACUUUAAUUGAUGAAAGGAGUGUCUGUCUUCAGAGCUUGCAAAAUGAUUUCUCCAAACUCUCAGAUGAAAAGACAUCAUGUGACACUGAGUUGCUUAUCUUGAAAGAGAAGCUGGAGAUGGCUCAGGCACUUGCAGAAGAAAGUGAAGCAAUUGCUACAGAAUCUCGGCAGAUAGCUGAGGAGCAUAAGGCAUAUGCCGAAGGGAAGGAUGAAGAAGUAAAGGUAUUGGAGAGGUCAAUUGAAGAACUUGAGAAUACUGUAUGCGUUUUAGAAAGCAAAGUGGAAAUUGUCAAGGAAGAAGCAGAGCGGCAAAGAAUGCAGCGAGAAGAACUAGAAGUGGAGCUGCAGAAAGUUAGGCAACAAAUGCUAGCUGUACCACCCUCUGGGAAAGCAAGGAGAUAUAUGGAAGAUGGAAUGAUUGAUUUAGCUGACUCAUCCAGGCACCCAGUAGAUAUGCACAAUGAGCUCCUCAGUGCUCAAGAGACUAUUAGAAUACUUAGAAAGGAGGUUUCUGAGAAGGAAUCAGAGAUUGCUCAGUGCAAUGCACAUAUCUCAGAACUAAACAUUCAUGCUGAGGCAGCGGCACAAGAAUACAAGCACAAGUUGAUGGAGCUGGAGACUAUGGCACAACAGGUUAAGACAGACAAUUCCACAGCACAUGCUUGCUCUGGGAGACAAGAGAAGAUUAACUCAAAACCUCGGGGCUCAGGUUCUCCAUUUAAAUGUAUCGGCAUCGGCUUUGUGCAACAGAUGAAUUCUGAGAAAGAUGAAGAGCUUAGUGCUGCAAAACAACGUAUUGUGGAACUAGAGGGCAUAGCAGCUAGUAGACAAAGGGAGAUAUUCAUGUUGAAUGCGAAACUAGCAACAACAGAGAGCAUGACGCACGAUGUGAUUCGAGAUAUGCUUGGGGUUAAAAUGAACAUGACAACCUGGGCGGCUCUAGCUGACAACCAGCAAAAGCUGGAGACAAAAGAGCCCAUCACUUCUCAAGCACAGGAAAUCAAAGACCAGUCCAAUGAGCUGAUGAAUUUGAAGCGGCAGCUUGAUGAAUUCAUUGAAGAGAGACAGAGCUGGCUUGACGAAAUAAACCAGAAGCAAUCAGAGCUUGGAGCUGCCCGCAUUACUAUAGAGAAGUUACGACAACGGGAACACUUUAUGGUAGCUGAAAUAGAGUUGCUAAAGGCUGAGAAUUCAAACUACAAAACCAUCAUCCUUAACCUUGAAGCCGAAGUGAAGAACCUUACCAGACAACAGAACCUCCAGCUCCGAAUAAAUCACCACGUUAAAACGAAGGAAGAGAACAUCCUGCUGAAGAGGCAGAACGAAGAGCUAAGUGCAAAGCUGAAACAGCUGGGGGGCAUCCUUACCCGUACGAAGGAAGAGCUCGCCCGCUACAGGGUUUCAAAUGGAAGAGAUCCGCACGAACUGAUCGAGGAGGAGGAGCUUCUGAGGAAGAAACUAGACGAGAGCGAACGAGAUAGAAGCCAGCUGGCGGAAAACCUAUCAAGCCUAUGCUCCAGCAUUCUGAAGGUCGCUGGAGUUUCGGACUCAGAAUCUGACGCUACUCUUUUGAAAGCAUCGGAGUGCUUGGAUCAGCUCCAGUGCCGUAUCGCUUCUUUGGAAGGCCAAGUUGAGGAUCUAAAUCUAAAGUGCAAACUAGUGCGUGAAAAGGCCCGCCUGUGCGAGCUCCGGAGCAACUCGUCGUCUCUGCGCACAGGGGCGAAGGGCAAUCUGACAUCGCCCAGUCCGGACACAUCGCCAAGCAUUUCGUCCUUCCGAUGACACAAGCGGACGGAUACAUCGCCGAGAAGCUAGUGUACAUUAGUACGUACAUAACACAUUCCGUGUAACUAUUCUAGUGCAGCCGGGCUGCUUAGGGAGGAUUAGUUCAGUCCAACAAUCUCCCUUUGCUGAUUUUAUAUAUAUCUGCUGUACAAUAUAUAUACCGUGUGUGUACUUGAUGCAGUUCCAUUCAACACUUGUCUUCUCUCUUCGUCUGUCGUUUUCUUUCUUCUAAUGUACAGCAGGACUUAAAAAUUGGAAUACACAUGCAAUCAAAGCAGUGCCAUGUUUAUGCAGUUC